UCCCUCGCGCGCCUCUUCCCCCGCCCAUCCCCCUCACCAUCGUCCACCUGGCUGCCCCCCUGGCAGCACAGGGAGCACGCGCAGGGCAGGGUGCUUCUGGGGGAGACGGGGCAUGUGCUGACGGCAGCUCUCAUGCACCAUACUGCUGUGCAUGGGUGUGAUGAUGAUCAUGCCACAUACCACAAGCGCCAGCGCCAGAGGGACCUGCAUCGCAUGCACACGGCCUUUGGCCGCCCCCCGCCCUCAACAGCAGCAGCUGCUUCGGCUGGUGCGCGAAAAUUGCAGGAGAUGCCUGCCGCAGCAGCAGGCUAUGCCAAUGGCGUUGCAGCGUUCGACCUGAGAGGCAAAACCAUUCCAUAUGUGGGAGGCAAAACCAUUCCAUCUCCAUAUGGGGAAGCCCAAACCAUUCGAUAUGGGCUGUACUAUCUGAACGUUUCGCUCUCCUCGCCCGCGGCCUUCUUUCCAGUGAUCUUCGAGACCACCAGUGACAUGAUGUGGGUGCCCUGUGACUGUAACCAGUGCGAUACCGACUCCUCCCUCGCUCCUCUGAGCGCCCCCUACUACAACCCGAAAAAACUCGCUCACAGCACAGCCCGUGGCCUGCAACAGCCCUCUCUGCCCCACCGGCCGCCCCAACAUCGGCUUGGGGCUCCAGAGCCUCUACCGCUCUCAACCUCCUCCAAUGCCUCUGAUUCUCUGAUGGGCUCCCUGCCCGUGCCGGCUGCUGCUGAUUGGCCUUCUCCCAGUGACAUGUGUCAGUAUGUGAAACAUUACGAUGAUGGCAACACGGAGGGGACUCUGGUGACUGAUGUGAUUAACCUGAGUGUGAUGCAAAUGGGGGCGGGUGGAGUGACAGCUGCCACGUCAGCGUCCACUGUGCCAGGUGGCGGUCAGCCAUUGGAGGGGUCAGCAGGGAGUGGGAGCAGUGUUGUGAGCCCACGAGUGCUGUUUGGUUGCUCCUCCCUCGUGCAGGUGCAGGCUGGCUCACUCAUCCGCAGCCCCGACCCCUCAAUCUCAGUGAACGGCCUCAUGGGCUUUGGCUCCGGCCCUCGCUCCGUCUUCCACCAGCUCUCCUCUUCUCCUUCCUCCUCGCUUUCCUCCUCCUCUCCUUCUUCCUCCACGGAUUCGUCAUCUCAAGCGGCAGCAACACCAGAAGCAGAUGCAGCAGGCACGGGAGCAGGAGCAGGGCAGCAGGAAGCGGUAAUGCCGCUCGCAUUCGCCUUCUGCCUGGACGGGGGGGACACGGGGGGAGGCCACCUGGCCAUUGGGCGGUCGGAGCAACCCGCAGACAUGCAGACAGCAGCGCUGUGGCACAGGGAUAGACUCCCAUUCCACUACAUCAACAUCAGUGGCAUGAGCAUCGGAGGCCGCCAGGUGGCGGGCACUGAUUCGCUGUCAGCAGUGGACGCGUUCAGCCUGGCGGGCGGCACCAUAAUCGACAGCGGCACCACCUUCACUGCGCUGCCGCCCGCCGUCUACACCUCGCUAAGGGAUGCGGUGUUUUCCGACCCAGAUUUCUCUUACUUUUCUAAGACAGACCUCGGGGAUUGCACCCUCUUUCCCAGCAACACCACCCUCUUUGACUCGGUCUUUCCGAACCUCCUCAUCAGCUUCGGCAACACGACCUGGGCCGUGCCGCCCACCAACUACCUCUUCUUCGGGGGCAUGGACCCCACCUCUGGUAUGGAGCUGCUGUGCCUCGCUGCACUCCCCAUCGUUCCUUCCACUCGUCUGCCCGCCAUCAUUGGAGAGUCCUGGCUGAAGAACUUCUACAUCCUCGUGGACGAGGAGAGAGGGCUGCUCCACGGGCAAGGAGCUAUUCCAGACACCACUUCCACAAGCACCCAGGAGCAGCCAUGGCCCAGGCGAGCCAUCCUCGACACCCAAGACAAAGGGGGCAGUAGAUACCAAUGGCAGGAUAAUAAAUAG